AUGGAAGCAGGAGGAGGCACUCCAAGCGCAACUGGAAGCCGUCCCGUCCUCCCUGCGAUAUCGCCCGCUCCGUCCGCGACGACCGGAGGAAACCGUCCUACCUCCGCUUCCGCCUCUCAGCCCACGCCCUCUACCUCUUCCUCUGCCCCGCCCCCCGGUCCGCCCUCGGGCCCGCCUACAAGCCAAGUCGUCUCGAAACGCAAGAGAGGCCUGGGACUGGUCACUCCGACUGCUUGCACCGAAUGUCGCAAGAAGCGCGCAAAGUGCGACGGCGACAAGCCUUGUUGUGGCCGAUGUAAAAACCAAAACACUCCAUGUGUUUACGAACAACCCGUUCGUCAGUCAAAGGACACACUCAGAAACGAGAUCGAUCAGCUGAAACGCGAGCAACGGAAUAACGAGCAUGUGAUCAACGCCCUAAGACGGACGGACAAAUGGGACGAGAUCUUACAGCGUUUGCGCAAUGGCCAGAGCAUUGAUAUGAUCUCCUCCUGGCUAGAUGGCACGCUUCCCUCGGGCGGCGGUACACUUCCCUCCAUCGAUCGACUAGUCGGGUCAGCCCCCGGUACCUUCACUUUCUCAGGCGACCCAGCUGGGACUUAUGGCGGCGCCGUUCCAGGUCUGGCUCCCAUCGGCCGAUACCCAGGUCAACCGCUGCCAGGCCCUAACCCUACGAGUCCGCCUCAGUUGAGUCAGUAUCACCCGAGCCAGUACCAACUGACGCAAGGUCAUCCAGGUCGUCUGCAGCGGGCUGUCAGACAUGAGGCCGAGCCUCAUAGUCCUUGGAGCGGCCAGUUCUCCUCUCAUUCUCAGACGGCACGUAGCAACUCGCUAUCAGAGGCCAUGAGCUGGGCUUCGGAAAGUGGCCAGCAAUCGCAGUCAAGGGCAGAGGCAUGGGCGGACGCUCAAGCUGGUGUCAACUCUGAAAAUCAGAAAUUUCGCGGUCUUGACCAGGUGCUUGCUACCGAGAUACCGCAUUCGCGGUCACCACAUGUUGCAUGGACGACCAUUACUUCGGAUAACAGUCUCGUACAACAUCUGCUGGCGCUGUACUUUUGUUGGGAGUACCCCACGUUUGCGUCCCUCAGCAAAGAACACUUUCUCAAGGACUUUAUGGACGGGCGACCUCGCUUUUGCUCCUCCCUUUUGGUGAAUGCGCUCUUGGCGUUGGGCUGUCGGUUCUCCAGCCAGCCCAGUACUCGCGCGAACCCGAACGACCCGUACUCAUCGGGCGAUCACUUCUUCAAGGAAUGCCAGCGACUAUUCGACCAGGAAGAAAACCAUCACACGCUAACUACAAUUCAAGCCUUGGGUAUAAUGUCCAUCCGAGAGGCAAGCUGUGGUCGGGACUCCGAAAGUUGGUAUUAUGCCGGACAAAGCAUCCGACUGGCAAUAGAGAUGGGGCUGCAUCGGGUCCAAGAUGACGGCAAGGAUUGCGACGAAAGUGCGGUUCAAGCAGCCACGUUUUGGGGUGCCUUUGCGCUCGACCACGCGUGGUCGUUGGCCACCGGUUCGCUCCCCCAGUGCUCAUGCUUUCCACAGCUGCCUCCGAAGCCCGCUAUCAUCGAUGACAUCGAGGCGUCGCUCUGGAUUCCUUAUACAGACGAUGGCGCGCCUCUGCACCAGUCGUGCGAACAACCGUCCAAUGUUCGGUCGGUGUACAAAUGCUUCUGUGAACUAAGCGAGCUUGUUCACCAGUCGCUGUACAUUCUCCAUUCACCCGGACGCCCACUGACUAGCAGAGAUCUGCUCAAAAAAUACACGCAGUAUUUGAACUGGUAUGAUAGGAUACCAGAGGUGUUGCGGCUUGGACAUAACUUCACUCCCGCUGUGUUGUUCGCGCACAUGUAUUAUCAUUUUGCCAUUCUUCUCCUGUUUCGGCCGCUGAUCAAACUCCGUAUUGUUGGAUCGAGCAUCUCUCCGCGCGAUGUGUGUAUACAGGCUGCCGACGCCAUAUCAGGGCUUCUGCGCUCGUACUCGCAACUCUAUACGUUGAGACGGACCCCAUCGUUUGUCCCCUAUUUUGUGCUAACCUCCUCCAUCAUGCACCUGGCCAUUGGGGCCACGGCCUCGGAUCAGUCUGACCCAGGUGGGGGUUCAGGUCAAGCGGGACCGAGUAAACAUCCCAACAUAGGCUCGAUCCUCGGGUUGCUGAAGCCAUAA